GGACCGUCCCGCCACCGUCGUAUGCCCCUUUACUCUCGCGGCUUCGUCCGGCGCGCAGCACUCACCGAACUCACGGCCCGCCGCUCGAGCUCCCGCACGGCCCGCGGGCCGGAAUGGCGAAGCGCGGGCCGGCCACAGGGACGACGCUGCUGCCCGGGGUCCUGCUGGCCCUGGUGGUGGCCCUGGCGGACCGAGGGGCUGCCGCACCCAACGGCACGCGGCACGCCGAAUUGGGGCGCGGCUGGGACGGCUUGGUGGCCCGCUCGCUGGCACGCCUGCCGGUGGCCGCGCAGCCCCGGCAGGCGGCGGUCCGCAGCGGCGCAGGGGACUACCUGCUGGGCCUCAAAAGGCUGCGGCGACUCUACUGCAACGUGGGCAUCGGAUUCCACCUGCAGGUGCUGCCCGACGGCCGCAUCGGCGGUGUGCACGCGGACACGAGGGACAGCCUUCUGGAGCUCUCUCCGGUGCAGCGGGGUGUGGUGAGCAUCUUCGGAGUGGCCAGCCGGUUCUUCGUGGCCAUGAGCAGCAGGGGCAAGCUCUUCGGUGUGCCUUUCUUUACAGACGAGUGUAAAUUCAAAGAAAUACUUCUGCCCAACAACUACAAUGCCUACGAAUCCUACGCGUACCCCGGCAUGUUCAUGGCUCUCAGUAAGAACGGGCGGACCAAGAAGGGGAACCGAGUGUCACCUACCAUGAAGGUAACCCACUUUCUUCCUAGACUGUGACCCUCCGGAGCCCUGCCUCAGCCUCGGAAGCACACCCUAACCCUCAGGAGGAGCACUUUCUCUCGGUGGAGAAUUUGUUUGCAAAAAAACUGGUCUAAGAUAUUUAAAUUAAUUAUUUAAAUAUGUAUAUACGGACGCCCAAUUAUUUAUGAUUUUAUGUAUUUUCAUUUUCUGGGGGAAAAUGACCAAAAGAAAGAACAAACUGCAGCUCGGACCUCUUUGGUACAGUGGGACAAACUUCUUCCUUCAUUAUCAAAGAUCCGGGGUGUGCUGCUAUUUCACGUGUGCCUCUAAAACUUAGUGACAUCAGUUUCCAAGAGUGCCUGGCCUCUCUGUCUGGAAAGGCUUGCCUGGGACCUCUGAGCCAGUGAGAGAAGGACCCUGAGCUCCCUCCUGUCCGGGAGCAUCCUACAGCAGCCGCUCCCUCUGCUCCCUUUGGUAUGAACCCUGUCGGAUCAGUUUACUCCAGGGACAGAAGUCCUGGAAGUCCUCCCGCCUCUGUUUUUAGAUCUCCAAGACUGAUCUUUGAACUCUCUUGCAGUCAAUCUUCUUGGACCUACCGGAUGGGAGACCCUUAGACAACUUUAUAAACUCCUGUUUGCCUUUUUUGGACUGGCCAACAGGGCAUGUGGCUCGUAGCCACUGGAACUUUUGUCAAUUUUCUGGAAAGGAACUAGGAAUGGACAAGAAGGUGUGUGUGUGCGCGCCACAACUCAAAAUUCUAGAGAUGAAAUUCUGUUUUGAGAUAGAGGAUGAUUUGUUGGGAUAUAACAAUGUUGUUGUUGUUGUUGUUUUUUACAAGAAUCAAACUGAGAAAAACAGGCUUCCCUGAAUUUGGGAAGCUUUGUGCUGGAACUCCAUAAUUUAAGGGUGAGCUGUCCUUAUGCAGGCAGACCGCAGGAGUCCGCAUUCCAGUGCUGCCCCAAUGUGAACGAAUUCUAUUCCCAUCUACCUCAGAGUUCCUGAGUCCCUGGUGACCAAGCUGGAGGCUCUGCUGGGUGCGUCUGCCUUGUUUCUCUUCCACAUGUAGCAUCUCGCGCCCCACUGGACCCUUGUCACGUUCCAGCUAUCUUUACCCAAUGAUUUACUUUUAGUAAGGGGUAUUCAUGGUGAAAAUAUGUGUGGCCAGCUGUCGGAGCGCACUAUAUGCUCACCAAGUCAAGUAACCCUUAUAUUUUUCUUUAUAUAUUUUACGAAUGUAACCCCUGUCCCUGAGACCAAGAUGGAAGAGCAGGGUCAGCGGCAUUUUAAAAAAAGGUCUGAGGUGAGGGAGAACGUUUAAUUUUAAUGAAUGACUUUGGAGUUUGUACAAAAUGACCUUAGCUCACUUCAGCGAAUGCUCCGAAUGCUUCUCCCCAAGACGUUAAGACUCUGCUGGGAGGCUUCUCAGCCGCCUCCCGAAUUAACUUUAUGGGAGGCUACAGACAGCAAGACGGGGAAAAUCUGAUUGGCAUUUUUUUUUUUUUUUUUUUUUUUUUUUUGUCUUUCACAUUCCUUUAGAAAACUCUUUGUUUGGAUGCUAAUGGGAUACUUAAAAUACUAUUCUGUACCAAAACCCAAGAAGAAGCCACGCCCCGAAGCUAAGGUGGGAGCAUGUCCCAAACUUCCCUUUCUGUCUGAUGGCUCAUAGGACAAUACAGGUUUUGUGGUUUUUAAGCCAGGCCCUAGACUCCAACCCAGAGUGUUGGGAAGAAGAUAGUUGAAAGGUCUUUUCAUUUUCUUUUUUAAAAGACUGGGUCUCAUAGCUCAUGCUGGCCCUGAACUUGCUAUACCACUAAAGAUGACCUUGAACUUCUGAUCCUCUUGCCCCACAUCCAAGGGCUAAGGCAUUGUCCACCACACCCACUCAUUAGGUGCUGGGAAUUGAAAUCCAGUGCAUGCCAGGCCACUCAACAGAGCUAUGCCUCCUUCUUUUUGUGGGGGAGGAAAUGUGGGGAGGUAGCCCAGGCUGGCCUCCUGCUUGCGUCCCAAGUGUUGACUACAGGUAGAAGGCUCCUGCCCUUCUCUGAUGGGGUUCUCUGCAGCUAUGUUACCUCAGGAAGGCUGUGGUCCUAUCUGACACCAAUGAUCUUGUUUCUUCAGCCAGCUAGUUUCCUUUCCUGUGCCCAGGGACAAGACUGUAUCUUUGGAACUUUGUUACUGGAAUGGGUUUGAUGUUGAUGCUCUGUAUCCUCCCCUGUUACCGAGUCUGUAGUUAAUACAGGUGUCGACCCAGAGAUAGUAUGUGCUGUGCACACUGGAUGCUCCAUCCAAGAGAAGCAUUCAAUCAUGUAUAGAGAGCCCCACGGACUGAUGGGAGUGAUUGGGAAAGCUAUUAAAAUGGCAAACG